AUGACUUCAAAGGAUGAUUCAGUGAGAGCAAAAGCCACUCACAAAUUUAGAGAAGAAUUGGAAUAACUCACUGUUAAUCAAGAAGAAUCAGAAUUUUUAAUCGAGUUUUUCCUCCACAAAUUAAGUGAUCCUCAAUCCUUACUUGAUACAACCUAUAUUCUACUCAAAUUGAGUAAAUCUUCAAAAAGCAUUCAUCCAUCAUUUAUUAAAAUGAUAUAGAACAAAUAGAUAAUUAUUCCUACAUUUUCUAGAGAAGCAAGAAUUAAUUUUUAUUAAAUUUUUCUCGCUUUUCCAAUUACAUUUGAACUAGCCGCAAUAAUACUCUAGAGUAUUAUAGGAGAAAAAGAUCCUAGAAAUAUUUUAGUUGCUUUUUAAUUAUGUGAUGCUAUUUUAGAAGUAAAAAAUAUAGGAACAUAAUAUAAGAGAGAAAUUUUUGAAUUCUUAGAUUGUUAUUAUCCUAUAGAAUUUAACGAGAAAGCAGAUCCAAGGUUUCAAAUCAAAAAGGUAGAAAUUGAACAUAUUCUUAAUAAAUGUCUUUUUAGUGAAGUAUUGCUUAAUGAUUCUAUAUUAUUGUUACAAGAUAAAAUUGUAUCAGCUUAUGAUCGAGCUUAAGGUUCGGCACUCAAAAGUGUUAUGUGGAUAAUUAAAAACUAAAAUAAAAUCACUGCAUUAUAAAUUGAAGAGAUUUAUGAAUCUAUCUAAAAACUUGCAGAAUAGGUAAUUAUGGAUGACGAUGUAAUUGAAUAAAUUCCAAUUACUUUAAUAGAAAUUUGUAAUAAUGAAAGAUUUUAAAAAGUUAAGACUAAAAUUAAAACAAUUUCUUUGAAAACUUUAGAAGAAAUACCUGCUACUUAAUAAGGAUUUAUUUAUUUUAAUUUCUUAAAACUUUUGGUUUAAAAUCAUGGAGAAACAAUUUUUAGAGACAUCGUUCAAAUAUUUAAUAAAAAAUUUGAUACCAAAAAUAUUAAUGUGACUUAAAAAAGGUUAGAGAAUGUAAUAUCAGCAAUUGCAGAAUAUAAAAAAUAUAAUAGAGAAUUCGUUUCAGAAUUAGACAAUAAUCAAAAAUCCCUACUCUAUGAUAAAUUAUAAUAAGGGAUUACUCAUAAGAUGUAAAAUGUUUUUAUUCUUACUCUUAAAUGUUUAGCUGACAUUAUGAAAUAUUACUAAGAUUACUAGAAAGAUUUAGAAUUAUAUUUAUAUAACUAAAUAAAUAAUAGGGAGCUUAUUGAAUAAUAAUGCAUUUUGGAUUACUUUGCCAAAAAUGGAAUUGUGGAUAUCAAACAAUAUUAAUAGCUGCUCGCUUUUUGGUCAGAAAAUAAUUAGUUGCUAUAUGAUUACAGUUUAACAUGCUCUUUAUAUAAUAUCUAAGAUUAUUUCUCCUAAUUUACUUUAGGUUUAAUAAAUAAUUAGAAUUAUUAAAUAAAGUCAGAAUAAAUAUCUGCUCUAAAAGGCUAUUUGGAUAAUAACUCAAUAUCAAAUUCAAUAAGACAAGAUUAGGCUUAAUUAGUCAUAAAUCAUAUUUAUAAUCCUUUAAAUAAGAAUAGAAAAAAUAAGCUAAUAAAACAGUUAAUUUAGUUCAUAUUAAAGCAAUUUGCUCUAAAUUAAAAUAUCAUUAAAUAAAUUACCCUUGAUUACGUACUACAUCUCGAAGAUGAUUAAAUAUACUAUUACAUUCCUUUGAUGGAAUAGGAGUUAAAUGAAAAUCUCAUCCAGUCUAUACUAGAAAUUAUAUACAAAUAAGAUUUUAAACAAAGAGAUGUGCAAAUAACAAAUAGAAAAUAUGCAUAUAAAUUUAUUUACACAUGCUUAUCAAAAUAUCAAAAAGAAUUAAAUUUGGAUUUCCCCUAAUUAUCAACGAUGGAAACAUAAUUCAAUGAUCAUCAAUUAAAUUAGUUGCAAUUGUAUAUAGUAUUGCUCAGAUAAUAGAUGUUGUUCAAUAAUGAGAUAGCGCUUGAAAAAUUAAAGGAAAUAUCUUAGAGUCACCCACAAUUACUGAGUCAAAUAAUUAAGCAUAAAGAUUUAGAAAAUAAACCAUCUCUAUAAAAAUCAAUAGGUGAAAUGAUUAAACAAUUAAAUCAUAAACAAACCCUUAAUUAUCUAAUCAAUUAAGUAGAUGAAGAGUUCAUUACUGGUUUAGCAAAUCCUGAAUUGCUGUAAUUAAUAAUUGAACAUUUCAAUGAUACAAAAAUUGAUAAACUAAAAUCACUUGCUUUAAUUGUGAAUUGGUGUCCAAUACUGAAGAAACAAACGAUAUCAAGGUUUUGUACACUUUAAUUAAUAUUGUGA